AUGUGCUUCCUAGCAGCUACAGUUGAACAUUUUUCUUCUUCUUUGUUUUUUUUUUUUCAGUGUGGGAACUUUGCUGUUUUGGUGGAUGUUCAUAUUUCGCCUCAAGGCUCCAGUAAAGACACCAGCUGGUUUUCAGAUCAUGAGAAAGAGGAGGUCUGCAUGCUGCUAGAAGAAGUUGUUGCUUCAAGGGUCAAACACUACUUGGAAGCGCCUAAACAACGUGGUCAAUGGAAAUCAAUGGAACAUGCACCAUCUGGUCCUUUGUUUCUUACCGCCAACAGUUUUCACAUUACUGCCUACUUUAUGAAGAGAUGGGUUAAUCUCCGUUGUGCUGUAGGGAAACAUUAUCGUGAGCUACGUGUGUUUCCAGACAGAUUUAUAGUUUGUGUCAGUAAACUUGAAUCUAAUCCAAGUGCUUGGACAUGUGAAAAUGGUGUAUUGAAAGAAGAACUUUCCAGUGGGACGUCUGAAUAUUUUGCUGAAUCUGCUGAGAACAAGAAUCUUAAGAUUAGUCUGAAUGAACAAAUAAAGCAAGACAUCUUGAAAAAAAUUGUGAAGAGGACAAAACCAAGGAAAAGUAGCACAAGCAAACCUCAAAUCAGCAAGGACUCCAAGAAAGUGUAUCUUGGCUCAGUGGACUCGCAGACGGGGAACAGAAAGAACGACUGUCAAACUUCUCUCAGUCCUGAAUCUGAAGUGAAAUGUAGGAGUACGGGACUGCUAAAGGGUUGCAUAAAUACAGCUGAGAGCAACUUGGAGCUUCCUGUUUUAGAGCUGGAAAAUUAUGUUAAUCAGAGACAGCCAGAUGAUGUUAGCAGCCAGCAAAAACCUCACUCUGUGGAGUUGUUGAAGUCGAGUCUUCUAAGCGAGAACCCUCCUUGUAGCUCUGAGUCAGCACAGCUAGGUCCAAAACAAAGUCAAAAAGUGACCAAAACACAGGCUGAACAGAAGAUCUGUGGUUCAGAAGAGAAGUUAGACCAUUUCAAAAAAGUAUCCUCUGAAGGGGCUCCUGUAAUUCCUAGCAAUACAGAAAUGAGGAAAUGUGAUUAUGAUUGUUUAGGUCCGUUCCUGGAGGAGAGGGCCCCACUUAACUCCAGGUUGUUUUCUAAACAAGACUUGACAGAAACUGCAUCCGGUGAGGAGUCACUAAAUUUGGGAAAAAACUUCUCCCGUCCUCUUUCUGUGUGCAACAAUAUAGUGCAGACAAACAAAAAUGAGCCAAGCACAACCACUGAAGAAUUGCCUGUGAUGCCAUCAUCUUGUUUAGAACUGCAGCCUGUGUCUUCAGAGAAGCUUACCCAAAAAAGAAAAAAAGAAGCUGAAAAUGGUCUCAGGAGGUUAAAACUGCGAAGGCUUAAGAAGUCAUGA